CACGCAUCGAUCGGAAGUGACACUAACAAAAACCACCUGCUUUGCUGCCGAGCAUAUAUAUACCGUAAUCCCCUGGGCAAGCGGAAAACCCCAAACUCCCUCCGAUUUCUUCCGGCCAAAUCAUUGGCGUCCUCAUCUGCUCUCGAAGAUUCAGGAUAAAUCAUGGCUGGGAUUUUAGGUUUAGUGCAGGUUGAUCAGUCAACUGUGGCCAUAAAAGAAACUUUUGGGAAAUUUAGUGAGGUGCUGGAGCCUGGUUGCCACUUCUUACCUUGGUGCAUAGGACAGCGGAUUGUUGGUUACCUCUCACUACGUGUGAAACAGCUAGACGUCCGCUGUGAAACAAAGACAAAGGAUAAUGUCUUUGUAACUGUUGUUGCUUCUAUCCAAUACCGUGCCCUUGCGGAUAAGGCGUCAGAUGCCUUCUACAAACUAAGCAACACAAAGCAACAAAUCCAAUCCUACGUCUUUGAUGUUAUCAGAGCCACUGUCCCGAAGCUGGGACUGGAUGAUGCAUUUGAGCAAAAGGAUGACAUUGCAAAAGCUGUUGAAGAGGAGCUUGAAAAGGCAAUGUCUAUGUAUGGGUAUGAGAUUGUUCAAACUCUGAUUGUUGAUAUCGAGCCUGAUGUGCAUGUAAAGAGGGCUAUGAAUGAGAUCAAUGCAGCUGCUAGAAUGAGGUCAGCAACCAAUGAGAAAGCUGAAGCUGAGAAGAUAAUUCAGAUUAAAAGAGCUGAAGGAGAAGCUGAGUCCAAGUACUUGGCUGGUGUGGGUAUUGCAAGGCAACGUCAGGCUAUAGUGGAUGGGCUGAGAGACAGUGUCCUUGCCUUCUCGGAGAAUGUCCCUGGUACCACUGCAAAGGAUGUCAUGGACAUGGUCCUGGUCACUCAAUACUUCGACACCAUGAAAGAGAUUGGGGCCUCAUCCAAGUCCUCUUCAGUGUUCAUCCCCCAUGGUCCUGGAGCCGUCAAAGAUGUCGCAUCUCAGAUAAGAGAUGGUCUCCUCCAGUCCAAUAUUGUCUAAGAGGACCCUGGAAAGGAUGGAUGGCUUCUGUUUUCCAAGAGUUGUGAAUUUCUGCAUCGCUGUCCUAAGAAUGUAGUAUGCGAUAAAUGUUAGGGAACAUCAACAAUUUAUCCACAUGCACGCACUACUGUCAGUUUUACACGUUGUUAUUAUCUAGAUAAUUGCCCAGUAAGACUUAGAUAGCCAGACAACUGUCUUGAAUGGUACUUGUUGCAAGUGAGCCUGGAUGACCAUUCUUUGCAUAUCAUUUGGUGAUACUCUACUAUGCUGCAUGAGUGUAUGUUGAUCUGUUCACUCCAUCUGGACCAGAUUGAGCUUAAUUGAUUUUGAGCAGUUUGUUCUAGUGAGCAA